UUGCCGCUUCGAUAUUCCCAUUGCUAUUCGUUGACUUUCGUCUGACAGCGAUUGGGAUAGCUCGAGUUUGGUCAAAACGAAUUUUGGUCUUUUGUGAAGCGGUUGUGAAGCGCGGAUAGAAUAUAAAUAAGGUUUCUCGGUUAUCGUUGUCGGAAGCUGUGUUUAAUUGAACUCAAGAAAUACAAUUAUAAAAACACAAUUUGUUACGUAGCGUACUGCAUAAAACACUCUGCAUAUCGUGCAAUUCUAAUGAAGUGUUCUCGCCAAGUGAAGUGUAUAAGAAUAUAUUUUAAAUUGGAAGAUAUUGGAAUCAAAUAUCGCAUAUUCGACGCUAACUUAUACAAUUGUGCUGUUUGUUUAAAACAAAGUGUUUGUCUGAAUUGAGUGCAGUGUGUGUGUGCAAACAAAAUAAAUAAAUGCAAUAAUAAUAAAUAUGAAGACAUACGGCAUUAGCAUUUAAUGUGAUUCAGUUUAUUACCAAUAAGAACAAAUAGCCUUUAUGAAGGCUAAAUAAAAUAGCCAAUCUAGAAGGAGACCCAUAAAUAACUAACAUCUCCAAAAUUCACGAAAAUAUAAACGAAAGCAAGAGAAUCCGCGAAUCACCAAUUAACCAAGUGUAUGCGCGUGUGUAAGUGUAUUUGUCGGAGCCUAUGUUGUAUGUCUAAAAGCAAUGGCUACAGAGCCAUUUUUAGCUGCCGUCAGGACCAGCACCACAACAACAACAACAACACAUACAAAAAAUUCCAAAAAUAUAGCGCUUGAAACGCGAGUACAACAAAACACGAACAAUGUUAAAACCAAAACAAAAACAAAAGUGUCACUACCGAAGGUUACAGUGCACGCGAAUAGUGUGCAACACUUGAAAUAUAGUCGUCAUUCAGGCCUACAGUCAUUACACAACAACAAAGUCAAAAAGGUGAACGAAAGUGCCAACAGGUGUCUACAACGAAGAUGGCACACGACUGCGCUGAGUAGUUGUUGUAGUUGUUGCCAUGGGUUUGUACAGCAGCAGAGCAGGCGGGUGAACGUCAGCCGCAGCGCCAAUUGUUUGCUGUUCUUAUCGCUUUUAAUUACCUGUUUUAUUGGAGAUAGUCUGCAAAUUAAAAAUGGUUACAUAUCACCCGUAUUAUCUACAGCGUCUUCAACCGCCAUUUCAUCCUUUUCAUCGUCUUCCAUUUUGCCCAGUGCAAGCGCAUCGCCAUUUGUACCUUCAACACUGCUCUUCACCACAUAUCAUGACAUACAAGUCGCGAACAUUACACGACCGACUGGUAGUCCACAAAUCGAAGUCAUCGUUAAAGAUCUCACCGAAACGAUGGCCAUUGAUUUCUAUUAUGCACGCAACCUAAUUUGCUGGGCUGAUUGUGGACGUGAGGUCAUCGAAUGCAUAAAUGUUAAUACUUCGGUGCCGUUGGCAAAGGCACCCAAACAAACUGUGAUAUCUGCGGGUCUCGAUAAACCCGAAGGACUCUCCAUCGAUUGGUAUACGGAUAAGUUAUAUUGGACGGAUGGUGAAAGAAAUCGCAUCGAAGUAGCAACGCUGGAUGGUAAAUAUCAGAAGGUGCUCUUCUGGACAGAUUUGGAUCAACCGCGCGCAAUUACGGUGAUACCUUCGAAGCGUCUACUCAUUUGGACGGAUUGGGGUGAGUACCCAAAAAUCGAACGUGCCAGCAUGGAUGGUGAUCCAUUGACACGCAUGACAAUUGUUAAGGAUAAUAUAUUUUGGCCGAAUGGCUUGGCGGUCGAUUUAAAGAAUGAUGUCGUCUAUUGGGCGGAUGGUCAUUUAAAGUUCAUCGAUGUAAUGAAAUUUGAUGGUAGCAAUCGUCGCACAGUCGUGGGUAAUUUGGAUUAUCCUUAUAGUGUAACGUACUUCAACAAUCGGCUGUUUUGGACCGAUUGGUCCAAGGGUGGUUCACUAAAUACGUUCGAUAUCAAAUCACGUGAGUUACGCGAGCUCAUCGAUACACCGGAAGCUCCGAUUACCUUGCGCACUUGGGAUCCUUCACUACAACCGUUCGAGGAUAAUCCCUGUGUGCAUAAUAACGGCAACUGUUCACAUAUGUGUCUGCUUGCAACAAAUGCGAAGGGUUACAGCUGCGCUUGCCCGACGGGUGUGCAAAUGGUUUCAGAAACAUCCUGCGCAAAUGGUUCGAGCGAAAUGCUAUUCAUCGUGCAACGCGGCCAGCUUAGCAAAAUUUCUUUGGAUAUGCCGGACUUUACUGUAUUUCCUUUGCCAUUGGGAAGAGUGAGAUAUGCUAUUGCAAUCGACUAUGAUCCUGUAGAAGAGUACAUUUAUUGGUCCGAUGUAGAGGCAUAUACGAUACGUCGCGCACAUCCAGACGGCACAGCCAUACAAGAUUUUGUGACAUCCGAAGUGCGCCAUCCCGACGGUCUGGCGGUGGAUUGGCUCGCACGCAACCUUUACUGGACCGAUACGGUAACAGAUCGUGUGGAAGUAUGUCGUUUAGAUGGUUCGGCGCGUAAAGUACUAAUCUAUGAAGAUCUCGAAGAACCACGUGCCAUUGCGUUGGCUCCCACGCUAGGUUGGAUGUUCUGGAGUGAUUGGAAUGAAAAGAAGCCAAAGGUUGAGCGCGCGUCGCUCGAUGGUUCCGAGCGUGUAGUGCUUGUAUCCGAAGAUCUCGGUUGGCCGAACGGUAUAGCUUUGGAUAUUGAAGCAAAAACAAUUUACUGGUGUGAUGGUAAAACCGAUAAGAUCGAAGUCGCUAAUAUGGAUGGCUCUGAUAGACGUGUCGUCAUAAGUGACAAUCUGAAACAUUUGUUUGGUUUGAGUUUACUAGAUGACUAUCUAUACUGGACCGAUUGGCAACGCCGUGCCAUAGAUCGCGCGCAUAAAAUAACUGGCAAUAAUCGCAUAGUGGUGGUGGAUCAAUACCCCGAUCUGAUGGGAUUAAAAGUGUCACGUUUGAAAGAUGUCAAGGGUUCGAACGCAUGUGCGGUACGCAAUGGCGGUUGUUCACAGCUUUGCCUUAACCGCCCCAGUGACUAUGUCUGCCGCUGUUCGAUCGAGUAUGAGUUGGCGAACGAUAAAAAGACAUGCGUUAUACCCGAGGCGUUUCUGCUUUUCACACGGCAAGAGCACAUUGGACGUAUUUCCAUUGACAAUAACGAAGGUAAUCACAAUGACGAGAAGAUUCCAUUUAAAGAUGUGCGUGAUGCGCAUGCUUUAGAUGUGGAUGUGGCAGACAGACGCAUCUAUUGGACAGAUCAGAAAUCUAAAUGCAUUUAUCGCGCAUUUCUGAAUGGUUCCUUCGUACAGCGUAUUAUUGAUGCUGGACUCAUAUGUCCGGAGGGCCUUGCGGUCGAUUGGUUGGCACAUAAUAUUUAUUGGACCGACUCGGAAGCGCGUCGUAUUGAAGUGGCGCGUUUAGAUGGCACUAAUCGACGCGUGCUGCUUUGGAGGGGAGUUGAAGAGCCGCGUUCUUUAGUGUUGGAACCCAAACGCGGUUACAUGUAUUGGAUUGAGUCGCCAUCGGAUUCGAUUAGACGUGCCGGCAUGGACGGCUCUGAGCUGCAGACAAUCAUAUCAGGUGCGAAUCAUGCUACCGGUCUUACAUUGGAUCCAGACACACGUCGUCUCUACUGGGCGACACAAUCGCGCCCGACAAAAAUCGAAUCAGCCGAUUGGGAUGGUAAAAAACGGCAGAUACUGAUCAACACAGAUGUCGACGAACCCUAUGCGAUGUCGUUAUAUCAAGACUAUGUCUACUGGAGUGAUUGGAAUACGGGUGACAUAGAGCGCGUGCAUAAAAUAACGGGAGAAAAUCGUAGUCUCGUGCACAGCGGCAUGACUUAUAUACGUUCACUGUUGAUAUUCAAUCAAAAUCGUCAGACGGGCAACAAUCCGUGCAAGAUCAACAAUGGUGGCUGCUCGCAUUUGUGUUUAGCGCAACCGUCGCGUCGCGGCAUGGUGUGCGCCUGUCCAACACACUACACUUUGGCUAAGGACAAUGUGUCCUGCCUGCCACCCAGAAACUACAUCAUCUAUAGUCAGCGCAGUAGCUUCGGCCGUUUGAUGCCCAACACCAGCGACUGUCCGAAUGUGCCGUUGUCCGUGUCAGGCAAGAAUAUACGCGCGGUGGAGUACGAUCCAAUUUCGCAAAAUAUCUUUUGGGUCGAAGGGCGCAGCCAUAGCAUUAAACGCUCACUCGCCAACAGCAGCUACAUUAAGAUCUUAGUGGGUUCGGGUGCGCAGCCUUUCGAUAUUGCAAUUGAUGUGAUUGGACGUCUACUCUUUUGGUCCUGCUCGUACGCAAAUACCAUUAAUGUGACGAGAUUCGACGGCGACUCAAUAGGUGUUAUUGAUACGGGCGAUUCGGAGAAACCUCGCAAUAUUGCCGUACACGCCAUGCGGCGUCUACUAUUUUGGACCGAUGUGGGCACUCAGCAAGCCAUCAUACGUUCACGCAUCGAUGGCGCUGAGCGUGUAGUGCUCGCCUUCAAGCUGGAAGGUGUUACAGCGCUUGCGGUGGACCAACAAACCGACAUGGUUUACUACGCGCACGGCAAGCGUAUCGACUCCAUGGACAUUAAUGGCAAAAAUAAGAAAAUCCUCGUUUCCACACACAUCUCGCAAGUCAUCUCGCUUGCCGCGCUGCAGGGCUUCGUCUAUUGGCUGGAUGAUAAAACCGGUGUGGAGCGCAUAAACGUGAAUGGUGAUGGGCGACGCGCGGAAAUACAACGUCUGCCGCAAAUCACCGAUAUUGUCGCCGUUUGGACGCCCGAGUCGAAACUGUUUCGCAACCACACUUGUCUGCACAGCCGCACCAAGUGCUCACACAUAUGUAUUGCUUCGUCAGAGGGACGUGCGCGUGAUAUUUGUUCAUGUCCGAAGAGUCUCAUGUUGCUUGAGGAUAGGCAGAACUGCGGCGCUUUGCCCGCCUGUGGACCAGACCAUUUCACUUGUGCGGCGCCCGUCGAAGGCGAUGGCUCCAGUGGUGAUACGAAUAAAGAUUGUAUACCCGCCUCGUGGCGGUGUGAUGGCCAAAGCGAUUGCCCGGAUAAAUCCGACGAAGUUGGCUGUCCCACAUGUCGACCAGAUUUGUUCAGCUGCCAGUCAGGCGAGUGCAUAAGUAAAGAUCUAGUUUGUGAUGGCACAACGAAUUGUGCGAAUGGACAUGAUGAGGCGGACUGCUGCAAGCGUCCAGGCGAGUUUCAGUGUCCCAGCAAUAAGGUCUGCAUUUCGGCCAAUCUAGUAUGUGACGGUUGGGAGAAUUGUGCCGACGGCACUGAUGAAUCAGCCGAGAUGUGUCUGCAACCGAAUACACGCGCCAUGGCGCCUGCAUCUGAUAAGAAGGCCUUUAUGAUACUCAUCUUCGCCACCAUCGUCAUUAUAUUCUCCAUUGUCUAUCUGCUGCAAGUUUGCCGCACUCGAAUUGGCAAAAGUCGCAACGAACCCAAAGAUGAUCAGGCAUCUGAUCCACUCUCACCAUCUACACUCUCGAAAUCGCAACGUGUGUCGAAAAUCGCCUCAGUGGCCGACGCCAUGCGCAUGUCCACGCUGAACUCGCGCAACAGCAUCAACUCGUACGAUCGCAAUCACAUCACCGGCGCUUCCAGCUCGACCACAAAUGGCAGCAGCAUGGGCGCAUAUCCCAUUAAUCCGCCACCCUCACCAGCGACACGCUCGCGUCACCCCUAUCGGCAUUAUCGCAUAAUCAAUCAACCACCACCACCAACACCCUGCUCCACGGACAUCUGCGACGAGUCCGAUUCGAAUUACACCAGCAAAUCGAACAGCAACAAUAGCAAUGGUGCUACGAAAAUUUCCUCAUCGUCGGCGGUUAUCUGCAUGCAAUAUCAGUAUGACAGUGAGCCAUAUCCACCACCGCCGACGCCGCGUUCGCACUAUCACAGCGAUGUGCGAAUAGUGCCGGAGUCGUCAUGUCCGCCGUCGCCAUCGUCGCGUUCGUCAACAUAUUUCUCGCCGUUGCCGCCGCCGCCAUCGCCGGUGCAAUCACCCAGCCGUGGUUUCACGUAACAUUUCGAGAUUUACUUGUAAAAAAUAAGCUUAAGACUUUGUAUGUGAGUGUGUCGCGCGUGUAUGUGUUAGUGGUUUUGUUUGUGGAAAUAACAUUUAAUGGUGUGUAUAACUUUUUAUUCGCAGACAUUAGUGUAUUGUGUGUGUUUGUGCAUAUUUAUAUAUUUUAACUUAAAUUUAAAGCCAAUUGCAAUGACGUAACGUUCAUAUCAUGAAAAAAGAAAUGCUUCCGUUUACUUAUGCCGUUAUUUUUAACGUGUAUUCUUUAGCAUAAGUGUAGCCAACAUUAAAUUAGUAUGUUUGUUGUGCAUAUAAAUAUCAUACUAAGCUAUAUACACUGUAUGUAUGUA